AGCAGUUCACAUAGUGCCAAGCCAUCAGUCAGUCAAGCUUGAGUGUUAUUUGAAAAUAUUAUUUAACAAAAAUGAAUAAAUAUAUUUUUUUAAUGCUUUUGCCCGUGGUUCUGGGUUUAAACGACGAGAUGCCAGAACAUGUACCAAGAUAUACAUUCCAUCGUUAUCCAGCCACCUUCGAUGAAGCCAGUUACAUUUGCAAACAGGAAGGUGGAAAUCUUGCUGUCGUAACCUCCAAGGAGGUAGAGAAUGAAAUGUUGGCGUUGUGGGCGCGUUCUGGCCCUGUUGUGAACCCGUCGCACGGAUUGAAUGCUCAAGCUUUUAUCGGACUCCAGUUGACCUCAUAUGGGUGGAAAACUAUUUAUGGUAGGUAUCCGCCAUACGUUAACUGGAGCUCGACCUGGUGGGGAAGGCAGCAACCGGACAGCCCUGCCUAUCAAAAGUGUGGUAGUUUGUUGAAAGAAGGGGGAAUGGACGAUGUUCACUGUUACUACAAACUCGCUUUCUUCUGCGAAAAUUAAAUGGACCAAUAUAACUAAUAUUGUAUGAAUAAUUGAAUAACUUUUUUUUUACUAAAUUUGUAUAUCAA